AUGCUCGACUGGGUGGUGCAGCGCGGGGGAGAGUACGCCGCGCAGGGCUUGGUGAACUACAUCGCGCGGUGCCCGGCGGCGCCGCCGUGCCCUGCCUGCCCGGCGCUCACCUGCCAGGCUUGUGGCGUCUGCCAGGCGCCCGCCUGCCCGGGCCUCUCGUGCCCGGCCUGCCCGACCUGCCCGGGCCUCGCGCCGGCGGCUGGGGCGGCGGCGUGCUCGGCCUGCCCGGAGGCCCCGGAGGCAGCCCCGUGCGCCGGGCACGGCUGGGGGCUGCUCUGGUUCGUGUGCGGCGUGGCCUGCGGCCUCGCGUCGUCCGCUGCGCUGCUGGGCGCUUGGCGCGCGGCUCGGUGCCGCGGCUGGCGCGGGCGGGCUGCCAUCCAGGGCUACUCGGAGCCAGGGCGUGCCCCCGUGAGCGAUGGCGACGUCUGGCACCAGAGGCUGGUGCUGGGGCAGGUGGCGUUGUCGGGUGGUAGCCUCUUCGUGAUCGCCACGCCCGACCGCCACGUGUACGCGGAGGACUACAGUGCAGGGUCAGCCGACGUGGCAGCCGUGAGGUGGGCCGCGGCCUUCAACGUGCUGCCGGACGGCAUCCCUCCUGGGGACGUAUACCGUUUCCGGGCGGAGCCGACGGCGGCACAGCAGGCCGCCUUCCUCGCCGCGGCGGUGCCCGAGGCCGCGGGCGAGUGCGCCGGGCUGGCCGCGGCCCAGGGCGUGGCAGCCCCGGCGGUGGACGCCCACUGCCUGCUGCCGGUCCCGGUGGGCGGUCCCGCGGCCGGGGCAGGGGCUGCCCCGGUGGUGGCCGCUGCGGGCGCGCCCGCCGCUCUCGGAGCCGCGGCGCCCGCGCGGGUGCCGCCGCUCGUCGGGCCCUUGCAGGGGGUCGUGGCUGUUGGUGCGGCCGACGGACGUGGGGCUGCUCGCUGGGUCGCCGCCGAGUGCUUCGGCGGCUACCGCGUGGGUGACGAUGUGCCCCACCAGGCCGGAGCGGGCAUUGUCGGGGACAAGGACAUCCACCGGCUAGCGGACGGCUCGGGCCUCUUCGUGCAGUACCUGCGGCCGAGCGACGAGCAGGAGUUCUUCGACCGCAUCGUGGCCAGCGACGCCCGCAUCCUCCCAGUGCGGCGCAACAGGCUCGGGCGGCGGGAGCGGACGUGGGCGGACAUGUGUGCCGCGGUGACGAAGGAGGAUUUCGGCAAGGACUGGACGCUCGGUGGCGUCCGGACGGCGGGCUGGUGCCUGGAGCACAUCAACUCGGAGGGAGGCAGCUUGGAUGCGCACCACGAUCGGUUUCGGUCGCUGUGCCGCCUGGAGCCCAACGCAUGGGGAGUGGCCGAGCACCUCCACCUCACGGCGGCCGUCAAGGCCGGCCUCCUCGUCGACCAGCUCGAUGGCACGAACCUCGUCAUGGUCGAGAUGCUGCUGAGGAGGAUGCAAACGAUUGAAUUCGCCCACCUCGAGCGGGCGAAGGAGGCCGAGGCAAAAGGAUACAGUGGCCGUCUCAGCCUCGAGGAGCAGCAGGCCUUCUCGGGGCUCAGCCGGGGCUCGGGGCAGCUGAUGAUUUGUCCGGAGCUCCUCGACGUGGUUCGGAUCGACGUGGAGCGGGAUGCGCAGCUCAACAAGGCCCUGCGGAAGGGGCGCGAGGAGCGAGAUGCCGCCCGCAAGAAGGGCGGGGGCGACAAGCCCCGUGUGCCGCCGCCCUACGAAGGUUUUAAUUACGGGGACGAGCCUUCCCGUGCGGUACCCCGCGACAUCUUGCCUUUACCGCGGCCGGCGGUGGAGCGGUAUCGGGGUAUCAAUGGAGGGCUCUCCCGUGCGGUCCGACAGCGUCGUGGUAAGCGCGAGAGUUUUGAGUUGGACUGCGAUCGUGCCGUCCACGCCUUGAACUCGCUCUAUCUUCGCCAGGACCAGCCUCCCGUCGGCCAGGGCGCCGACCGUGCAGUUUUUGUUUCCUUGGGCCAGCGUCGCUGUCUUGAUAGGAUUCGGGACUCCGUCGCUGCCCUCGGCCCGCCUCCGCCGGAGGUUACUCCCGCAGAAGCUCUCCGGAAGCUUCGCGUGGCGAGCUGGUAUGAUGUUGACUCUGCUGUGCUCGGUUCCUAUAACCUCGCUAGCGUCUCGCUCCCCUCAGGCUCACCGGCACCGGUGCCGCUCGAGGAUCUGUGGGGCGCUGGCGGGUCGGACAUGAUUAGGGACUUCGUCCAAAGCCGAUUGCUACCGUCUAGUGAGGUAGAUACUCGUUGGAAAAAUUCUCAAGUCGCGGUGCAGUAUAGUGACCCAAAGCUGCGUCGGGUCGCGGCCUUUGAGGAGUUCAUCCGUGCAUUGCAGCAGCGAGGCAUGGUAGAUUUCAGCUUCUCAUGUAAGGAAAGGGUAGAAGCUUUUUUCGUGCACAAGAAAUCCGGGAAGCUCCGGCUGGUAGUAGACUGUCGUAGAAGCAACUGUCACUUCCAGGACCCUGCCCCCGUUUCCCUCCUCACCGGCGAAGGCCUUGCUGGGCUGGAGCUCGGCGAGGGUGAGGACUUGCAUGUUGGCGGGGCCGAUUUGUCUGACGCCUUCUAUCAUAUGCAGUUGCCUCCCGAUUUGAGACCGUUCUUCUGUUUCAGGGCUGUGCGGGCGGGGGCGGUGGGGUGUACUAGGGUCAAUGGGAAAGCCGUUCCCCCGUCUGCCAUGGUCUACCCCCGACUGUCAGUGAUGCCAAUGGGUUGGAGCUGGGCCCUGUGGAUGUGUCAAACGGUCCAUGAACGUAUUGUGGAACAGGCCGGAGCUUCCCCGGAGAACCGCAUUGUAGAUAAGCAGGUGACGCCGGACCUUCAUCGUGCGUGCCAUUCGCAGUAUGUGGACAACUUCAUCGCUGUCUCUACUGACGCCAGUGCUGUUCGCUCUCUCGUUGCGGAUGCGAUUCAUGCUCUUGAAGGGCGGGGUCUCGUCGUUCAUGAGGAGGAGUAUUCGGGGGAGGACAAGGUGGCCCAAGUUUUGGGGUGGCAGAUCGACGGGUCCCGGGGCCGCGUGGCGGCCACCCCGGUCCGUCUCUGGAGGGCCCGCCUGGCCAUUCGGGCGGUCCUCCGGAGGGGUAGGUGCUCUGGGCGGGACCUGGAGCGCCUCCUGGGGCAUCUUGUCUUCCUCUCCCUGGUCCGCCGGGAGGGGCUAUCGCUGUUCUGGUCGUGCUAUGCCUUCGUCAGGAAGAAUUACACCCAGGAUGUGCGUCUGUGGGCUUCGGUACGUCGCGAGCUCUCUCUCUGGGAUGGGCUGGCUCCUCUCCUCUGGCGGGACCUACGGGCGGGCUGGAGCGACGAGGUGGUGGCCGUCGAUGCUAGUGAGUGGGGGCUGGGGGCGUGCGCCGCUCAUUGUGGGGCCUCCCUGGGCCGGAGCGUCGGCCGGACCUCGGAGCGUUGGCGCUGGGGUCGGGUCGGCGCCGCCAUGGGCCCUCGUCGCCACGCGCUGGACCACGCUCGUAAAGCUGAGGCGGCGGCGGCCCUGGCGGGGGGGGCCCGCGAGGCUGCCCCCUGGAUCGCCGCCGCCAGCGACGUCCCAGGGCCCGAGUGCGCUCCCCCCCAGCCCCCCUUGGCCGGCUCAGGUGUCCUGGACAGCCCCGGUGACGUCUUCGGGUUCGGUCGGGUCAAGCGGGUCGUGGACUUCCCAGAGGUCCCGCGGGAGAUGAUCGAGCUGCAGUGGUCCGUCGUCGGUCGCUUCCCUUGGAGGCGCAAGGGGGAGAGUAUCGCCGUGUACGAGGCUAGGGCCACCCUGUACGGGUUUCGUCAUCUCCUUCGAUCGUCUCGGAACCUUGGGAAGCACCUGCUGGUCCUGGGGGACUCGCAGUCGACGGCCGGUGCGGUGACGCGGUUUCGGAGCGACAGCCGUAGCGUGAUGCGGGUCACCCAGGCGAUCGCGGCCCUCUCGCUCGCUACCGGCUCGGCCCUGCACUAUCGGUGGUUGCCCUCGGAGUCGAACGUCGCGGACUCUCCUUCCCGAGGCCUCUGGGCUCCUGCGGUUCCAGGCCCGCUCGAUUUUUCCAAACAUGCUCCCGCGGGCCAGACCCGCACCGACCUCGACCGGCGCACGGAUGGCGCCGCCGGCGGCGCCUGCGGGCUCGCUGGGCUCGCCGCGGGACAAGCGGGGGGCCACCCGUGGUGCCAUGACGGCGAACCUCUCUACCGAGCCGUUGCCCGCCCUCCUCCAGCCGUGAGGAGGCUCCUGGCGGUGGCCAGCGUCGCGGCCCAGCGGAGGGCCUCUGCUGUCACAGUGGGGGGGCCCGCAGUGCUGGAGAGCGCCUCGGUUCAGCCUCGGGCGCGACAGAAGUGCCAGUCGCUGUUCACCGAGGUCCUGGCUUGGCUUCCCGUCCCGAUGGCAACCUCCGAGGCGGGCGUCGACCUGCAGCUCGUGGGGUGGCUGGUCGCGCGGUACCUGGGCGGCGAGGACCUGGCGAGCGCCCCCUGCUGGGCCAUCACGCUUCACGCGCAGGGGGUCAGGAGGUCGCCCAAGACGAACAAGUUCGACAGAUCCAUACGCCUGGAUCUGGAGCGGCAUGCCCCGCUCGAGCCAGGGCUCAAGGCCCUCUAUCAGGGCCGGAGUCCGCGCUCGCCGCUCGUCGUCUUCGCCCCGCAGGUCGUGGUGACGACGGUGUGCAACGUCGUGCGCAGCCACAAACUGGACGGGUACCUCGGCGACGUCCCUUUGUCCCAGCUCAAGCACGGCGGCGCCUCGCACGACUCCGCCAAGGCCUUCAGGGGCCUGAAGGACGUGUGGCGCCGCGGGCGCUGGCGGUCGUGGGCUUUGGUCAGGCGCUACGUGAAGGGCAGCCGCCUCGGCCAGGUGCUGCUCGAGCUGCCCAAGGACCUCCGCGCCCCCGCGCUGUCCUGCGAGCGCUCGAUGGCCUCCAUCGUCCGCUUCUUCCUCGAGGUCUUCUCGGGGUCAGGCCGGCUCGGCCAAGCAGUCGCGAGGGAAGGCGUGAACGUUCUUCUCUGGGACGUGGAGCUGGGUGCCGACUACGACCUUCGUCUGGCUCGGAACCGCAGCUUCAUCAGGGGAUGGAUCCGCUCGGGUAUCGUGAUCGGCGUCCACUUGGGAACACCAUGCUCCUCGUUCUCGCGGGCGCGCGAUGUGCCCCCAGGACCUCCACCAUUGAGGUCAAACACGUCACCCAUGGGCCUCAACGAUUUGAACCCCGCCGACGCCGACAAGGUUCGCGUCGGGAACUUGUUAAUGUUUUUCUCCGUGGCGGUGAUGCGUGAGGCUAUGCUCUUGGGCAUACCAGCUACUCUUGAGACGCCCGCCCGAAGCCGUAUUUGGAUUUGCCCCGCCAUGCAGAGACUUCAAAAAUCCAACAAGAUCAAUUUCACUGUCACCGAUUUCUGCAUGUGGGGCGCCCAGUGGAGGAAGUCGACCGGUUUCCUCAGCACGGGUCUGUGCAUGGACGCCCUCGCCGAAGCUCGGUGUCUCGGCGCCAAGCGUGGCCUGUGCAAGCGCUCCGGCCAGCCGCACAUCCCCAUCCAAGGGAAAAACGACAAGGGUGUGUUUUGGUCCAAGAUCGCCGAGCCUUAUCCUCCUGGACUUUGUAAAGCCCUGGCUUCUAUUUACUACAAUGCGUGGGCCUCGUUUAGAGCCGAGUUGUUCACUGAGAAGGUGUUUGCGGCCCCGUCGGGGCCAGAUUGCUGA